UACUACUGGCGCAUGCGCAGUUUAGUCUUUAUUCCAAACGGGCGCUUUGGGGCGGAGAUGAACCCCGCUGCUUGCUGCAGAAAUAUCUGAUAAUCAACAAACCCAGGGAUGCUCAGUGCAGAGGACUGACAUGGCAGUUUUCCUCUGAGGACUGGGAGUCGAUCUGCAGGAGAAUGCGGGAACCGACGUCACCUUCGCUCUCCCUCGCAGAUGAAUCCCCGAAGUCUUUCCGUUCCCAGUGUUUGAACUAUUUGCUGUAAUCGCUCUGAGCUCACAUAUGGUGCCCACGUGCCCCUGCCCUGUAAAUAAAGAGAGAACCUUUUUGGAAUAAAGCACCGUUUUGCACUCGUCACACGCUAUCACUUUUACUGUUCACUGCGCCUGGUUGCCUUUUUUAUGCGCGUUCUGGUCUGUAACUGGUUUGAUCUUAAGGAAACAUGGAGGCCAAUAUGGAAUAUAUUGUGGGACAGGUGAUGCAGAAAGACCUGGGACGGCGGCUCCAGGUCGGACAGGAGAUCAUAGAUUACGUUCUGGAUAGGUCAAAUGACCUGGAGCACGAUCAGACCAUGCUGGACAAGAUGGUGGAUGGCUUGGCUACUUCCUGGGUCAACUCGAGCAACUUCAAGGUGGCUCUACUGGGAAUGGACAUUGUGUCUGCUUUAAUCACCAGAUUGCAAAAUCGUUUUAAACCUCAAAUUGGUACAGUCCUGCCCAGUUUAACAGACCGUUUAGGUGAUGCCAAAGACCAAGUAAGAGACCAAGCCCAGGCUCUGCUGUUAAAAAUGAUGGAUCAAGCUGCCAAUCCGCAGUAUGUAUGGGACCGAAUGUUGGGAGGAUUCAAACACAAGAACAACAGGACCAGGGAGGCUGUCUGUUUUUGCCUUAUUUCCACACUAAAUAUAUACGGAGCCCGGGGGUUAACUCUGAGCAAGAUUGUGCCUCACAUAUGUGGUCUGUUAGGAGACCCUACAAGUCAGGUUCGAGAUGGAGCUAUGAACUGUCUUGUGGAGAUUUACAGACAUGUCGGAGAGAGAGUGAGAAUGGAUCUAGGGAAAAAAGGCUUGCCACAAUCACGGUUGAAUGUCAUUUUUAGCAAAUUUGACGAAGUCCAGCGAUCAGGAAAUAUGGUGCUAUCUGUAGAUAAGAAUAUAGAUGAUGACGACUCUGUGGACGGAGGCCGUUCCUCCGCCUCCUCUAAAGGAGCAGCGUCUGUCCGCCGAACAGGAUCCAUGCGCAGGCCAAGCUCUGCCUCCAGCACCAAGAGCACAGGAAAAGAGGUGUCAGGUGCUGGUGCUGUGGAUGAGGAAGACUUCAUCCGUGCCUUUGAGGAUGUGCCCACAGUACAGAUUUACUCCAGCAGAGAGCUCGAGGAGUCCAUGAAUAAAAUCCGAGAGGUCCUCUCAGAUGAAAAGCAAGACUGGGAGAACAGAGUGGUCGCGCUGAAGAAGGUACGUUCCCUGCUGCUUGCCGGGGCCACCGACCAUGAAGCGUUCCUCCAACAACUGCGGCAGAUGGAAGGAGCGUUUAAGCUCUCCGCUAAAGACCUGCGCUCUCAAGUUGUCCGCGAGGCCUGCAUCACACUGGGGCAUUUGUCAUCUGUUCUGGGUAACAGGUUUGACCAUGGAGCAGAGUCCAUCAUGCCCACAUUGCUCAAUCUCGUCCCCAACAGCGCUAAAGUGAUGGCCACAUCCGGCGUAGCAGUCAUCCGCCUUAUCAUACGACACACACACUAUCCUCGGCUUAUCCCCAUCAUUACCAGUAACUGCACGUCCAAAUCCGUGGCUGUCCGGCGGCGCUGUUUUGAGUUUUUAGACCUUUUACUCCAGGAGUGGCAGACAAAUUUUCUGGAAAGACAUGUCGCUGUUCUGAUGGAGACCAUUAAGAAAGGAGUCCACGAUGCAGACUCAGAAGCCAGAUUGGUUGCCAGAAAGUGUUAUUGGGGAUUCCAUGGGCACUUCAGUAAGGAGGCGGAGCAACUGUUUCAAGCCCUCGAGCUGGCCUAUCAGAAGGCUCUGCAGUCGCAUCUGAAGAGCUCGGACAGUGUCAUGUCUCUCCCUCAAUCCGAUCGCUCCUCCUCCAGCUCUCAAGAAAGCCUCAAUCGUCCCCAGGCUGCGAAAGCACCUGUAGCAAGCAGCGUAACCAGAAAUAAAGUGGUUAGCUCUCGAGUGUCCUCCUCGCCUGGUUCGCUACAGCGAUCACGCAGCGAUGUCGACGUCAACGCCGCCGCCACAGCAAAGUCACGAAUGCCCAAAGUACCCGCUGCUGCUCCCUUCAGCUCGGCCGGAGCCCUGCCGCCCGGCUCCUACGCCUCGCUAGGUCGUGUGCGCACACGGAGACAGAGUUCAGGCAGCAGCGUCGGAGGCGGAGCCUCGGUUACGGACAGCAGGGGGCGGAGCAGAGCGAAAGUGGUGUCGCAAUCACAACGAUCCAGAUCAGCAAACCAAGCAGGUGGUAAGACUCACGCUGGGAGUCGGUCCAGUUCUCCAGGGAAGAUUAUUGGUCAGUCCUAUGGCAAGAUGUCCUCUGUGGCCCCAUCAGAGAAGCGCAGUAGGAUUCCCCGCAGUCAGGGCUGCAGUCGAGAGAGCAGCCCAGGUCGCUCUGGCCAAGUGCGGGGUAGUCGUAUUCCACGGCCCAGUAUGAGUCAGGGUUGCAGUCGUGACACAAGCAGGGAGAGCAGCAGAGACACAAGUCCUGCACGAGGUUUUACUCCCCUUGUGUCUCGACGUCACUCGCGCUCCACCAGUGCCCUGACCGGCGGCGACAUUCUGCAAACAGAUCGUUUCGGGCUGAUCCAUCAGGCACGGAUCUCUGCCUCAGUCAACGCCAUGCGCAUCCUGAACACAGGCAUGGAGGUGGAGGCAGCAGUGGCUGAUGCUCUGCGGAGGCCCGUGCGACGCUGGUAUGAGUCUCCUGGCAUGUACUCAGAUGAUGAUGCCAACAGCGAUGCCUCCAGCGCUUGUUCUGAGCUUUCCUACAGCUCGCGUAACGGAGGAGUGCCUCACUACAUGCGCCAGACGGAGGACGUAGCUGAGAUCCUGAACCACUGUGCCAGUUCCAACUGGUCCGAGAGGAAAGAAGGCCUGCUGGGCCUCCAGAACCUUCUGAAGAGCCAAAGAACACUCAGUCGUGUGGAACUCAAGAGGCUGUGUGAGAUUUUCACUAGGAUGUUUGCCGACCCUCACAGCAAGAGAGUUUUCAGCAUGUUCCUGGAAACACUGGUGGACUUCAUCGUGCUGCACAGAGAGGAUCUGCAGGACUGGCUCUUCGUGCUCCUCACACAGCUGUUGAAGAAGAUGGGUGCUGAUCUGCUGGGAUCAGUGCAGGCCAAAGUGCAGAAAGCUCUCGAUGUCACCAGGGAUUCCUUUCCCUAUGAUCAGCAGUUCAACAUCUUAAUGCGCUUUAUUGUCGAUCAGACGCAAACUCCAAACCUCAAGGUGAAGGUGGCCAUUCUGAAGUAUAUCGAGUCUCUGGCCCGGCAAAUGGAUCCCACUGAUUUCGUGAACUCCAGCGAAACUCGACUGGCCGUCUCCCGCAUCAUCACCUGGACCACAGAACCCAAGAGCUCAGAUGUCAGAAAGGCCGCUCAGAUGGUCCUGAUCUCCCUGUUCGAGCUGAACACACCAGAGUUCACCAUGCUUCUGGGAGCACUGCCUAAAACUUUCCAGGAUGGGGCCACCAAACUCCUGCAUAAUCACCUGAAGAACUCCAGCAAUGCUACAGCCAUGAGUUCGCCGAGCAACACAGUAGGCCGCACGCCUCCGAGACUCUCUGGUUCCCGCACCAGUCCCCUGACAUCCCCCACAAACUGCUCUCAUGGGGGCCUCUCACCCAGUCGUAUAUGGGGCUGGAGUUCGAACGGUCUAUCAAAGGCCACGUGUCCCUUCACUCCCCCUCCCUCUGGCCCUGGCACCCCCCCUCUCCGACUUGGGCGCCGGGCCCCCUCGCCCAGCAUGCUGGAAUAUGACACAGAGAACAUGAACUCAGAGGAGAUCUACAGCUCUCUGAGAGGAGUCACUGAAGCCAUUCAGAGCUUCAGCUUCCGCAGCCAGGAGGACAGCUACGAGCCAAUCAAACGCGACGCCAAGAAAGACGACGCAAGUGCAGUCGCAUCCUCCGCCGCAGAUCCCCGGCUAGGUACGGACAUGACGGAGGGAGGCCGAACAGCUCUGGACAACAAGACCUCGUUACUGAAUACACCGUCCCCUCGCUCUUUCCUGGGGCCGAGGACACGCGAGUACAAUCCAUACAACUACACCGACUCCAUCAGCACUUUAGAUAAAGCUGCUCUGAAGGAGGCGGUGUUCGAUGAUGAUGUGGAACAGCUUCGUGACGGUCGUCGUCAAGAGUUUGGUGAGAACAAAAUCAUGGCUCCCAAAAGUUAUUCUGCAGGCCCUGCUCAGCACUUGGAGCUGGUCGGUGACCUCCUGAAAGAGCUGUCCAGUCACAGCGAGCGUGUGGAGGAGAGGCGGGCCGCCCUGUUGGAGCUGUUGAAGGUGACCCGUGACGACAGCGUAGCCGUAUGGGAGGAGCAUUUUAAAACCAUGCUGCUGCUGCUCCUUGAGACGCUGGGAGACAAAGAUCACACCAUCCGGGCGCUGGCUCUGCGUGUGCUGAAAGAGAUGCUGCGCAGUCAACCCACACGCUUCAGGAACUACGCCGAACUGACCAUUAUGAAAACACUAGAGGCGCAUAAAGACUCCCACAAAGAGGUGGUGCGUGCAGCAGAGGAAGCCGCCGCCACCCUGGCUUCCUCCAUCCACCCGGAGCAAUGCAUUAAGGUGCUGUGUCCCAUCGUACAGACUGCAGACUACCCCAUCGACCUGGCCGCCAUUAAAAUGCAGACCAAGGUCAUCGAGCGCAUUCCAGAAGAUUCCCUUUAUCAGCUGCUGCCUGACAUCAUCCCCGGUUUGCUACAGGGUUAUGAUAACACUGAGAGCAGCGUGAGGAAAGCCAGCGUCUUCUGCCUUGUGGCAAUUUAUUCUGUGAUUGGAGAAGGACUGAAGCCUCAUCUUGCCCAACUGACAGGCAGCAAGAUGAAACUGCUGAACCUCUACAUCAAGCGAGCCCAAACUACCAACAGCAACAGCAGCAGCUCCUCCGACAUCUCAUCACACAGCUAAACCCGACCAAUCACAUCGGAGACCCAUCCCAACCUCGCGCCCCGUCCCAGUUUUACUGAAACAACCCGGUUUUCUUCAGAACAGCUCAACCCUAGGAUCAGAAGUCUUCUUUUAAUUAAAAGAUAACAGUGUGUGGUACUGAACUGGUCACUUUUAUUGCUGUAUUCUUGAAUGUGUGUGUAACGUACGAGACAUUAACAGGAGCAGCUGUGCCUCUGUCCAGUUUCUCUGUAUUCUCUUCUAAUGCAAUCUGUUUCUACUGAAGGAGUACUCGUGCGUUUUUCUCAUUACCACAUCUGCACAGUGUGUGUAAUGACAACAUUUUAAGAAAAAACAAUUUUCAUUUUUAGAAAAUUGCCCUUUACUGAGAAAACCUCUUUCUAUACUACUUCCUUGCUUAAAAUGAAAGUUUAGGGGCAGUUGCUUAGGGGACAACACUUUAAGUUAAAUCUCUAAAUCUGUACAAUUCAGUUGUUUAGAAACAGAACCUUGUUUUUGAGGGAGGCAUCUGUCGGUAUAUGACCUAGACCCUGUAACACUAAGGAAACUCUAUGGAAAUGCCAGAGGUUCGGCAAGACGGCACACGUGAAGUAUCUGAAAUAUCAGUGUUAGGACAUAGCGUGCUGAAACAUAACAUUUUAUCGUUUGGAGUUUUUAAUUCUUGUGAUAUAGACUCAUCUGCCCUUAGACAUGUGCUCUAAGUCUAAAUCAUUCAUGCAAACGUACAGGAAAAAAAAAAGUUUUUCUCAGUACAGUGAAGCAUCCAGGGAAACACUGACCAAGAAAAAGUCUUGUAUGAAGAUUAUAAUGGAAAAAGAAAAAAUCCCUUUUUAAAAAACAUCAUUCCUUCAGCGGCACGGCAGAACCGUAGCUGGCUGCAUUUUCAAUUCGAUCGGGCAUCAAAUUCAUGUCAAAGAUAAAGAGUUCUUGACUGGAAAAAAAAACAGACAAACAAUCGCUUUCGUCCGUUCACUGAGGGACGUUUUAGUGAAUGUAUGAACUAGCUGAAUUCAUUCCUAUGUAGGUGUCUAGACAUCUUUAUCACUUCUGCCUCAGAUUUCCGGAAAAUUCUCUUGCAUGGACCUUACAGACCUUUCUUUUAUUUAUUUAUUUUUUGCAGGACUUUUUAAUUCUAAAUAUGUAAGAACAGAUUGUAGUUGUAUAGUAAUUGUCCUUUUGUCCAUUAAGAUGGGGGGGGGGGGUAUGGGGGGCAAUGAAGGAUAAAUUUAAUCCCUGGUUCCUGUUAUACCUGAAUUUGCUUGAUGAUCAUUCGGCUAGUUCGGUGACGUCCGUAUGGAAGCCUGUUUAGAAUAAUAUAGAAACAGCCUUUUCUUUUUGAUUUGAAGAGAUUUAAAAGGAUCAUUCAUCUCAUAGACCCCAAAAUAUCUUUCAGCUAAAAGAUUAAACCUGAUUAAACAAAUACCUGAUUAAAAUACCGCUAUGAAAUGUGACUCGGCUCUAAUGCUAAGGUAUACAUGUUUAGUACAAAUCUAAAUUUUUUAGAGCAAUAAUUCUGAACUGAUCCAAAUUGGAUUUACUUUUAGGCAAACCACUUGUCCAAUUUUAAUGGUUGUAGGAAAAGUCUGCGGCUGUUUGGCUUUUAACGUAACUUCUUGCUGUUGAUAGCCUGGCUCUUUUAGUUACUACACUUUGUGCUCUUGAAUGCUGAAUGUUAUCAGUGUGUCGUGUUUGUUACCUAACGAUUAGGCCAUGUGCUAAAGUUAAGAUGAGAGAAAAAAUAUUUCCGGUAAAUGUUUUUUUUUGUUUUUUUUGCCGCCUCUGUUGUACAGCUAGAGACUGAAGAGCAGUAGAGAACUCAAUAGAUAACUAUUUCAGUCACCCUGGAUGUGUAUUAUGUAUGAAAGCGAAUGAAAACAGUGUUCCAGGUUACGCCUAACGUCUCGUAGUAGUGAGUUUGAACAACUAGGGCAUGAUUUCUAGAUUGUUGUCUAGAGCAUCGGUUCUAAGACUGGGUUCAGGCCCAGAGACUCCAGCGGUCUGUGAUUUAUUCAUGUGUUUAUGGCGACGAAAAGAAGUCACAGUCCACUUUUGAUAUUAUUUCAGAUUCCCCUGUUGUUGUUGUUGUCAAAUAAUGAGGCUGAUAAUAUCUGAAUGAGUUUUGUUUACGCAUGUGCUGAGGGAAUUUCUGUAGAAUGUUAUUUUUCACACGCCGAGGAAUCCCUGACUGCAAAAAGUUGGUGAAGCCCUGAUCUAGACUUAGUGCUACAAGACAGAUACUAAUAAACAAAGUCAGAAAACAUUCAAAACUGGAAAAAAAAAGAAGAAAAGUAUCUAUGCAAGUAAAAAAGGAAAUGAAUUUAAUGUGUAUAAUUAGAGGAGAGAUUAUUAUUAUUAUUAUUAUUAUUAUUAUUAUUAUUAUUAUUAUAUAAGAGAUAAACCAUCAUCCGCCGCAUUUCUAGAUUGUUUUACUAAUGAACUACUAAUUUCAAGCUUGAAACGAUCGAUCCGAUUUCUGGGGGGGGGAUAAACCCAGGCGCAAAAACGAUCCGCUUAUUAUCCGUUUCAAGCCUUAAAAUUACAGUAGUGUCAACAACUAGGCGUAAUAACCAUCGAAAUCGUGGAAUCUGCCUCCGUUCGAGAGAUUUCUACUCGCUUAGAUAUGACAUGUGGCAGUGCUCCAGUAUUUGACCAUUUUAGCGAUGUUUUAAUCGACCGCCCUGAAGAGUUCCUCCUGCAUGCAGGUUGAAAAGCAUGCGUGUUUUAGCAGUCGCUUUGCGAAAUCCGAGCUCUUCUGGUGUAAACCCAGUACUGUAACGGUGUGUGCAGGAAGCAGCAUCGUACUGUAGCUGACUGAGUAAUAAUCCUGGUUGUGUGUAUACUGUAGAUAUGUUUACAUGGAUACUCGCUAGGAGCCCAGGCUUUGGUUCCAAAUGUCUAUGGGGCUCAGUGCUUUAUACGUUCCCUUAUCUCACUAUUCACUACUACUAAAGAAAAGCACCUCUUCUGUUCCAGCAGACUCUGUUCACAAGCUGCAAAUGCUUUUUUCUAGGUGGUGUGUGUGUGUGUGUGUGUGUGUGUGUGUGUGAGAGGAAAUGCCAGUGUUUCAAAGGACUGUUACAACGGCAGCCAGUACAAUGCUUUUGCUGACGUAUUGAACUAUUAGCCGCCGCCGCCUCUCGCUUUACCGUGCAUGCCUUUCGUUUAGCUGCUCUUAUUUAAUAUCCAUAUCUGUAUUUAUGUGUUUUUAUUUUGUGUGCGUUCCAGCAGCUGUACAUAAAGACCUCUUCUUCUUUUUUUUUUUUUCUUCGUUGAACUUCCACCUGUGAUAGAAUCUGUAAGCACCAUUUUGCUCUAGAUAAAGCAAAACCUCUGAGUUUU